GGACCACCAGGACCACCUGGUCCACCAGGACAUCCAGGACCAAAUGGUCCUCCAGGAGCACCUUCACACCCAGGACCACCAGGAGGACCCGGACCAGCCGGUCGACCGGGACCACCUGGACCACCGGGACCACCAGGACCUCCUGGAUCCGCAGGACAAGGUGGCAGCGAUGCCCUAUACUGCCCAUGCCCACCAAGAACUCUGCGUACUCAUCGUCGCCGUAUGUCCGCACCUACUGCCAGACGUCAUAUCACACAUCGUGCAAGACCGAUGAGACCCGUAUUGAAACAUCGAACCCAAUAA